CAAAGUGUUUUCAAAGUGUAAUUUUUCUCUUUGUUUGAGCAAUUUUGAUGAUAAAUAACAAUAAUGCCUCAAAGAGCUAAGCUACAAUGCAACCGUGAUUCAACCGAAUGACGGUAAUAACUUAGCCCAUUGGUAAAAUAUCAGUUCAUGCUGUUUCUAUUGCCAUACAAUGGAUAUCAAUAAAAGAUAAUAGUUCAAGUGUUGAAUAAAGUUAGAAUGAGGUUUUAAAUUAGUGCUAGUUGCAUUUGCUUACGUAGAAGUAGUUUUGGUUCAGUAGUGCUUGUAUUGGUCAGUUGAAAGUAUGGAGUCGGAGGAUGAUAUUGUCCCUCUGAUUGAAGAUGUAUCUAAUGGAAACAGGGACCUAUUUCUGGGGUUGAACGUGCAGAAUAUUAAUGUGGACCCGGAGUAUGAGCAGGUGGUGUAUGGUUACCGUAAAAGCCGAUGGCGGACGGUGCUGGUGUACUUUUGCUCCGUCCUGACGUGUGGGAUCCCGUUCCUGUUGUUCCACUGGUGUCCCACCUGGUUCCUGUAUUUGACUUCCACGAGGAGCUGCUUCCAGUUAGCUGAUCAAGUUUUGGUUGUUGAAACCUACCAAAAGAAGCACAAAGAUUAUUUUAUUCAUAAAAUAUUGGAGAAAAACAUUGCAGAUACAAGUGGUCUACUUAAUGAGGGCUUCCACGAUGAAGAAAAAGGUGAAAAAACUACAAUUGAGAGCCCUGACGUCCUGCAUACCCCAGUUAUAUUGGAUGAUGGCUCCUCUCUCAACGUCCAACACUACCGCUACUUUCGGCAUAAGAAGCAGUCUCUUAUAUGGGAUUCUUUACGCGCCCACUGGGCCCGUCUCGCGGGCCUUGAAUGUGGGGCCACGUGCGCACAACUACAAGCUAUGGGAGCCCGCGCGCCUUCUAGCGAGCGCCGCGUCCGACUGCUAAACAUCUACGGGCUCAACGAGAUCAAAGUGCCGGUCCAGUCCAUCCUAACCCUCAUCCUGUUGGAAGUCUUCAACCCUUUCUACGUGUUCCAACUGUUCACUAUUGCCGUGUGGUUGGCAGAGCCGUACUACUACUACUGUAUAGCGGUGGUGCUGAUGUCCACGUUUGGUGUGGCCACGUCCGUUAUACAGACUAAGAAGAACCAGCAAAACCUCCGAGCGACCGUCGAAGCGUAUGACACCGUAGAGUUAUGGGACGGUCGAACGGUUGACAGUCGUGCGGUGGCACCUGGUGACGUCAUCGUGAUCCCGCGCCAUGGGUGCACCAUGCAUUUAGAUGCGGUCUUGCUUACAGGCGCCGCCGUACUCAAUGAGAGCAUGCUCACUGGUGAAUCAGUCCCAGUGACGAAGACAGCGCUCCUGCGAACGGAUCGCCCUUUUGACAUGAAGGAACACUCGUCCAGCAUCCUGUUCUGCGGGACCAAGGUCAUACAGACGCGGUACUACAACAACGAACCGGUUAGAGCGUUGGUCCUUCGAACCGGAUACAACACGAGCAAGGGUCAGCUAGUACGCAGUAUUUUAUACCCUGCACCGGCAGACUUCAAAUUCGACCGGGAUUCCUACAAGUUCAUCUUCAUACUUGCCGUCAUCGCGCUCAUCGGAUUGGCCUACACUGUGGCUCUCAAGGCGUACAGAUCUCUGACUCCCGGCGACAUAACCUUAAAAGCGCUGGACAUCAUCACGAUCGUGAUUCCUCCCGCACUGCCGGCGGCCAUGACAGUAGGCCGGUUAUACGCUGUCACGCGGCUGAAGCGCGCGCGAGUGGCGUGUCUCAACACUAGAGCUGUCAACGUCAGCGGCUCGCUGGACUGCAUCUGUUUUGACAAGACGGGAACUCUCACAGAGGACGGUUUAGAUAUGUGGGGCGUAGUCCCAUCAAGCACCGCCACACAACCAGCACAUCUGGGCCGCGCGCUCCGCGACCCAAGGGCUCUUAACGACCUGCACCCGCUGAAGAUUGGCAUGGCAGCUUGUCACAGUCUUACCCUGCUUGAUGCUGAGUUAGCUGGAGAUCCACUGGACUUGAAGAUGUUUGAGUCAACUGGAUGGACUCUUGAAGAGCCAGAUGUGCCCGAAUCCACCAACUACGAAGUCCUGACUCCGACGAUAGUCAAGCCCAAGAAAACUGCUAAUAUCAACGUAGAUGACGUCAAUAUGCCGCUAGAAGUCGGCAUAGUCCAGCAACACCAGUUCGUGUCGUCACUGCAGCGUUCGUCCGUCGUGACGCGGGUCUUGGGAGAAGAUGUCCUCCGUGUGUUUUGCAAGGGAGCUCCCGAGAUGCUGCGGACCCUGUGUCUGCCGGAGACAGGCGUACAGAUCCCUGACUCCCGGCGACAUAACCAUCAAAGCUCUGGACAUCAUCACGAUCGUGAUUCCUCCCGCACUGCCGGCGGCCAUGAUAGUAGACCGGCGUACAGAUCCCUGACUCCCGGCGACAUAACCUUAAAAGCUCUGGACAUCAUCACGAUCGUGAUUCCUCCGGCACUGCCGGCGGCCAUGACGGUAGGCCGGCUGUACGCUGUCACGCGGCUGAAGCGCGCGCGAGUGGCGUGUCUCAACACUAGAGCUGUCAACGUCAGUGGCUCGCUAGACUGCAUCUGUUUUGACAAGACGGGAACUCUCACGGAAGACGGUCUGGAUAUGUGGGGCGUAGUCCCAUCAAGCACCGCAACACAACCAGCUCAUCUGGGGCGCGCGCUUCGGGACCCAAGGGCUCUUAACGACCUGCACCCGCUGAAGAUCGGCAUGGCAGCUUGUCACAGUCUUACCCUGCUUGAUGCUGAGUUAGCUGGAGAUCCACUGGACUUGAAGAUGUUUGAGUCAACUGGAUGGACUCUUGAAGAGCCAGAUGUGCCCGAAUCCACCAACUACGAAGUCCUGACGCCAACGAUAGUCAAGCCCAAGAAAACUGCUAAUAUCAACGUUGAUGACGUCAAUAUGCCGCUAGAAGUCGGCAUAGUGCAACAACACCAGUUCGUGUCGUCACUGCAGCGUUCGUCAGUCGUGACUCGAGUGCUAGGAGAAGACGUCCUUCGUGUGUUUUGCAAGGGAGCUCCCGAGAUGCUGCGGACUCUGUGUCUGCCGGAGACAGUGCCCGACAACUUGAACGAAGUGCUAAGCUCGUACGCGGAGAAGGGAUACCGCGUCAUCGCGCUCGCAACGCGCCUCAUGGAAACCACGCACAAACAGCUUCAGAAGAUGCAUAGAGACGAGGUUGAACGUGAACUGGAAUUCCUCGGGCUGGUGAUAAUGGAGAACCGACUCAAACCGGCCACCACUGGGAUCAUACGCGAGCUGAAGGAGGCUAACAUCCAAGUAGUUAUGAUCACUGGUGACAACAUCCACACCGCUGUGAGCGUGGCGCGCGAAUGCGGCAUCCUGGCCAGCGGCGAGCGAGUUGUGCAUUUAACCCACGACUUGAGCGGGAAGACGCCUGUCAUCUACUGCGAGAGCAUGCUUCGGGGGGCGCCAGUCGGCCGCAAGACAGCAUUACAACGCUCAUGGCGCAGCGUGGACAGCGGGCACGGCUCAUGGCGCGGUUCUGCUUCCAACUCCAAUUCUAACUCUGAGUCGCUGGACGUGGAGGCGAGCGGCCGGGAGCCCCAGUACAAGAUCGUGAUGAGCGGCGAUACUUGGCGGGUGCUGCGAGCGUCCUACCCUCACAUGGUAGGCCGCGUGGCGGAGAGAGGAGCUGUGUUCGCGCGGAUGACGUCCGACCAGAAGCAGCAGCUUAUACUGGAGUACCAGGCGCUGGGGUAUUAUGUCGCUAAUGUCGCUAUGACGUCCGACCAGAAGCAGCAGCUUAUACUCGAGUACCAGGCGCUGGGGUAUUAUGUCGGUGAGUAG